AUGAGCCUCCUGUCUGCAGACCUGGGCCCGCUCCUGGACUCCCUGCCACAGCUCCCCGCGCUCGCGAGGCUGGACAGCCUCCUAUUCAGCAGCCCGCGGUGGAGGGCGCUCCUGGACGUGGAGUCGCCGCAUGCCGAGGCCGGCGGCGGACGGGGGGAGGAUCCCCGCAAUGUGCCGAGUCGAAUUGGCAGGAAACGGUCCUGGGAAAUGCCAGCGGCAGAGGGGGCUGCAUCUGCCAGGCCAGACAGCCCGGCCGGGGUGACAGGCCCCGCGGCCUACAAGUCCCAGCGCACGGAGUACGCGCCCAGCUACCGGCCGGCCCCCGGCUCGCUGCCCCAGGGCUUUGUCCCCGUGCUCCAGGGAGGCUCCCCUGCCAGCCUGGCUGGAAAGCAGGGCUCGGAGGACGAGUUCGGGCAGGACCUGUCCCCCGUGGACGUCCUGCACCGCCACGACUCGGGCCUCAGCUCCCUCCUGCGCAGCGUGCCCAGCGCGCACGACUCGCCAGACACCCCGCGCAGCACGUCCUCGCCCGAGGCGGGGGCGGGCGGGUACGCGCCGGCGCACGCUGGCGCCGGCGCCGGCCUCUCCCGCCUGGCCCGGGCGGGGGGCGAGGGCACGCCGCGGCCGUCGGGACCGGCGCGCGCCGUGCCCGACGCGGCGCGGCCGACGGCGCUCACCGCGGCCGCCAUGGGGCCACGGCGCCGGCCGCACUGCCCGACCAAGAGCACCAAGGCCGUGCCCACAGGGGAGAACGGGGUGUUCACCUCCCUGUUCCGGGGGGUGACCAAGCACCGGCUCACCGGACGGUACGAGGCCCACUUCUGGGACGCCUCACACAAGCGGGAGACCAAGGGCAAGGGCGGCCGCACGCGUGGGCGCCAGGUGUACCUGGGAGGGUACACGUCGGAGGAGGAGGCCGCGCGAGCAUACGACCUGGCUGCCCUGGCCUUCCUGGGAGCUGCAGCUGCCAUCAAUUUCCCAGUAGAGGACUAUACGGAGAGCCUGGCCGAGAUGGAGGAACUGACCUCCGACGAGGUGGUCUCCCGGCUGCGAAGGGGCUCGGUUGGGUUUGCCAGGGGUGCAUCCCAGUACCGAGGCGUCACGAAGCACCACCAGCACGGCAAGUGGGAGGCCCGCAUUGGCCGGGUGGACGGCUCCAAGUACCUGUACCUGGGCACGUUUGAGAGCGCCGAGGAGGCAGCCCGGGCCUACGACCGAGCAGCUGUCAAGUUUCGCGGCAGAAAGGCCAUCACCAACUUCAAGCUGACAAUGUACGAGGACGUGCUGCAGGAUCCCGACUCCUACGACCUCGGCGUCCCCCAGUCGUCCACCGGCCCCUACCUCCCCGACGGCUCCCUGGCGGUGCCCGGCGUCCAGACCCGGUCCGGCGGCCGCGCCCGACGCGGCACGCAGCCCAUGCUGCCCAUGGGAUUCGACCCGGGGACCUCCGGCCUGUACGCGCCCUACGUCCGUUGCGACGCAGCAGGGAAUUUGGUGGUGAUGCAGGGCCCGCCGCCCGGCCUGCCUCACGACCACCCUGCCACCGCACACCUGGCUGCGGCUGCGGCGGCCGUCGGCCUUGACCCGAGCAUGUGGGGCCACCCCGCCUGGACCUCCCCCCAGAUGCACGAGGGCGGGGGCGCCUGGCCCGGGCACGAGCCGGGGCAGCCGGGGCUCCAGAUGUCGGGGCCCUCGCAGGCCCAGGCCCAGCCCCAGCAGCAGCAGCAGGGGGGCGUGCAGCAGUACCACGACCGGCCCGACCAGCAGCAGUACCACAACGUCUCUGGCCAGAUGCAGGAGGACAGGCCUCGGCUGUCGCCCGUGAAGGUGCGGCCGCCGCCCGCACACGACGGCAGGGAGGGGGCGGCCGCCGCCGCGCACCCCCCUGCACCGGGGCUGUCGCCGCUGGCGGCCAGCCUGAUGUCCCCCCUGGGCCUCAAGGACGGCUCCAGGGCGGGCUCCGGCGCCGGCAUGCCGGGCCAGCCGGGCAGCAGCUCGAGCUGCGCGCCCGACGGCGACUUCUGGGCGGCCGUUCAUUGGCUGGAUUCCCUGGACUUGGCACAUGGCCUCCCGCCCGCCGGGGCCAACUCGGGCCUGGGCCCGGCCCCGCUGUCGCCCCUGGGCAUCACACCCCUGGCACCCCAUUGA